CGCACACGCACACAGCCUCCAUCUCAGCUCGAAUCGCUUGGCAUCCACAGACGGAAAGACAAAGAGCAGCGCAGCAAGGGCAUCCUAUCCUCUGACAUGUUUAGUCGCUCACAGGCCAACCCUAUGGACGACAUUGUCACAAAAGCCACGGACGAGAACCUCACCACCGAGAACUGGGAGGCUAUUCUUGCUGUAUGCGACAAAGUCGACGCAGAUCCACAGGAUGGAGCCAGACAUGCUGUUGCAGCUGUUCAGAAACGACUUGGCCACAGAAAUGCCAAUGUACAGCUCUAUGCGCUCUCUCUGGCCGAGGCGCUCUCGAAGAAUUGCGGGUCAAAAGUGCAUCGUGAGCUGGCAUCGCGCUCCUUUACUCAAACACUACUAGGCCUCGUCAACGACAGGACCCUCCAUGGCAAAGUCAAGGCGCGCACGGUUGAAUUGGUGAAGCAGUGGUGUGACGACUUUAAGCACGAUUCAUCACUCGGUAUCAUGUCUGAUACGUAUCGCGCCAUGCAAGCACAAGGUAUUCGCGUGCAAGCACCCUCGAAACCACAAAAGACGGAAAUCAGUGAGCAGGAUCGAAGGCGUGAAGAGGAGGAACUCCAGAUGGCGUUGGCAAUGAGUUUGACGGAGACGCACAUUUCUUCUCAUGCAGGUGGCGGUAGUGGAAGUGGUACGACGGGUCAGCAUCGUAACCAGGUGGACGCAGGGCCGAAUGCGUAUACCUUGCCCGCACAAACAGCCACUUCUGCGUACACCCUGCCGACAUUGUCACAGCAGUCAUCUCAGGCUAUUUCACAACCACAGCAACAGCAACAGCAGCUUCAGCAACAAGCACAUUCAUUCCAAGAAACACCCGUCGCUGAAAGAACCGCAGCAACAGUCUCACGUGUCCGCGCCCUUUAUGACUUCGCAGCAAGUGAACCAGGGGAGCUGACCUUCCAUCGAGGCGAUGUCAUUACCGUCAUUGAAUCUGCUUAUAAGGACUGGUGGCGCGGUUCCCUGCGUGGCACAGUUGGUAUCUUUCCAACAAACUAUGUCGAGAACUUGCCUGAACCAACACAAGCGGAACUUCAACGUGAAGCAGAAGAAGAACGACGUGUCUUUGCGGAAGCCAAGAACGUGGAGAAACUUUUAUCGAUUCUCAGCAGUGCGGAUGUGCAUGACCCUGCGAUUGCAGAAAAUGAUGCACUCCAACAGCUCUACCACACAACCAUUGCCAUUCGCCCAAAACUCGUUCGAUUGAUUGAAAAGUACUCGCAGCGCAAGGAUGACUUGAUUCUGCUGAAUGAUAAAUUCGUCAAGGCAAGGAAAGAUUAUGAUGAACUGAUGGAAGCGAGCUUAUCACGCUAUCAGUCUGGUGCGUAUCGACAACCACCUUUGCCACAACAGCAUUCUGGUGGGCAAGGUGCACGAUAUGGACCGCCUCCAGGCCGUGGCGCGUCCGGUCCACCGGGUGGAUAUCAGCAAGGCCCACCAUCUGCCAUGCAAGCGCAGCAUUCAGGACCGCCCGGACCAGGGAGCACCUAUCAGCAUGGACCACCGAGUGGCAUGCAAGGCCAACCUGCAGGACCAUACGGCCGUCCAGUGCAUCAUGGCAACCCGGACUUUUCGCCACAGCAACAACAAAGGCCAUCGCCACAGCACGCACCAGGUUCAACUGGCAGUGUUCAAAAACUUCAAGGCAUGUCACCACAGCAGCAGCAACAGCAACAACAGCGUGUACCUUCGCAACCUUAUCAGCCUGGCGUCUUCACAACAAGGCCAAGUGAUACAAUUCAGCACAAUCUACAACAUACACCGUAUCCAGUUGAUGCACGCGGCCAAGCAAGCCAAGGAAGACCUAUGCAGCCUGCUUUACAGAUUCCAACGAGUCCCUCACAGGAACUGUCGCAGGCAUUUCCGCCGACGCGUCAUAGCGACAAUGGACUGUCCAGUGAGUUACAUGCAGAGACAGAGGUUGCUCAUGGUUCAUUCGAUCAGAUUCGGUUCGACAAGGAAGGUGGACCACCCAUUGCUUACUAUGCACAAGCGCCGGAAGGCAUCUCUGGUACUGCUGCUGAAUUAGACGAUGAGAGUGGCGAGGGAAGUCCCGUGGAUGCGUAUGGCGCUGUCCAGAAUCAUGCAAGACAAUCACAGACUUCCUUGAAGCAGCAAGGAACAGGACCUAGUACGAAUCCGUGGUCUGAGCAGCCUGUGCGACAGGGACAGGGACAUGAGUUUUAUGAAGGGCUGGGACAGAUUCCUGCAGAGGGCCAACAUGAUCAAGGUUCAGCGCAGUCACACCCACAAGGCCCUUCCAAUCCCGAGGAUUAUUAUCGAUAGCACAAGACAUUGUAUGUAGCCAUUGAAAUCAUGACAUGACUUAUGUACUUGAAAUAGAGAAAAGAACGCA